AUUCACAAAUAUCUUCCUUCUUUCAUCCAUACAAACAUAAUCUCCCUCUCUUUAUCCCCUUUCAUUUCAAUCAAAAACAAACACCCAAAUCCCCCAACGAGUAAAAUGCCUGCAAUAUGUUUACCUUUGUACACACCUUCAACUUCAAUCAUAAACAAUACCUUAACUUCGAAACCAAAUUCUAAGAAUUUGCCUUAUCAUCAUCAUCGUCGUCGUCAAUCUUUAGCAUGUAAGGCUUCGGCCGAUUCUCCUUCUUCGAUACUCAAUUUCGAUCUCUACGAUCUUUUGGGAAUAGAAAGCUCGUCGGAUCAAUCACAGAUCAAAACGGCUUACCGUGCCUUGCAAAAGCGGUGCCAUCCUGAUAUUGCUGGACCAACGGGUCAUGAUAUGGCUAUUAUACUCAAUGAAGCUUAUUCGGUUUUGUCUGAUCCUGGUUCUCGUUUGGCUUAUGACAAGGAACAAGCAAAGAUGGCAGAGCUUAGGGGCUAUACAGGGAAGCCAUUAUAUUCAGUGUGGCUUGGUUCUGAAAGUGAACAACGAGCAGUGUUUGUUGAUGAAAUCAAGUGUGUUGGUUGCUUAAAAUGUGCUUUGUUUGCCGAAAAAACGUUCGCUAUCGAAUCCGUGUACGGAAGAGCUCGAGUCAUCGGUCAAUGGGCUGAUCCCGAACACAAAAUCCUAGAAGCCAUUGAAGCUUGUCCUGUUGAUUGCAUUUCAAUGGUGGAGAGAUCAGAUCUUGCGGCAUUGGAGUUUUUAAUGUCGAAGCAACCUCGAGGAAAUGUUCGAGUUGGUGUCGGGAAUACGGUGGGCGCUCGUGUCUCGAACAUAUUUGUCGAAGUAAAGAAGUUUCAAACCAGAUAUUUUGAUGCCAUGGACAAAGGUUCUAACAAAGAAUCCAAGGAGGCUGACCGUCGUCGAGAAGCAAGGAUGUCGGCAAUUCAUGCGAUAAAAUCGAUUUCAAGAUGGUGGUAUUGGCAAUCACCUAAUACCGGUACACCAUCGGCCAAGUCUGAACUAAGCUUGACACACAUUUCCCGAAAAUCAUCUGAACCAAACAUUAACAAGAUCCGUGAUGCCGCUGCUGCUAGAAAACAAGUAAGGGAGAGUUCAAAAACGACCAGAUCUCGAGCCCCGUCGAGUUAUUUGUACGAUGACGAGUAUUGGAUCCCAUCAAGACAUGCUCUUCCAGCUUCGGUAGAAAACAACUCAAGCUCUAGAGUUGCACCAAAGCCUCCAAAAACUAACCCGAGGAACGAAACGGACAACCGACAUUACGGAAAAGAUAGAAGGACAAGGAACUCGAUAGAAUGGGGAAUCCCAACGGUGGCUGCAAUGGUGGCUGCUGUUAUAGUUCGACUACAAGUCGGGGACAGAGUGGCCGGUGAAAUAACCGAACACGUUGGUGGCUCGCUGGCACUAACAAUGGUUAAUAGCUCAUGGUCCCAAGUUAUUUUAGCAGGGAUUACAUGGUACUUGAUUGCGUCAACCAUAGUGGAACUAAUAGAAACAAUAAGAAAUAGAUAAGGGAUUCACAUAGGAAAAACAGAAAAUUUUCACACAAAUAUAAAUUGGUUAAUUUCUGCUAUCAGUCCCUGUAUUUUGUGAAAGUUGCAAAUUUAAUCUCUAUACUUCUAUUUGAUAAAAAAAUUUAGUCCUGUACUUUUUAAAUUUUGAAAAUUUAGUCCUAA